AUGGCGGGAGAGAGCUGCAAUCUGGAGGAGGAGGAGGCGGAGCUUCUCAAGGCGACGCCUUCCUCUCCGCCCCCGGCGUAUCUCUCGCAGCCGCAGAGGCCCGGAAAGAUGGGGGACCCCUGCAGCGCCUCCUCGAGGGACGGGGAGGGGAAGCCGGAGCGAGGGGCGGCGACGGCGGCGACGGCGACGCCGCCGCGUGUGGCGUUGCGGUGCUCCAGCUGCCGGCGGAGGGUCGAGCUGACCGGGUUCCGGUGCCGCUGCGGCGAGCUCUUCUGCUGCCGCCACCGGCACUCCGCCGCCCACGACUGCUCCUUCGACUACAAGGCCGCCGCUCGGGAGGAUAUCUCCAGGGCGAAUCCGGUGAUCAGAUGCGCCAAGAUCAUAAAAAUAUGA